AGUUGUUAAUUGUCAAAGGCAAUUAACAUAUAAAUUUUCCAUUAUAAGAUGGCAACAGUUUAGAUAGCAGGUAGAAGAAGAAGUAAAUGUUGCCAAGGAGGUCCUUUCGCGCCAUGACAGCACCACUCAAGGGGAGGAAAUGGGACGCGUUGGUCAUCGGCGCUGGUCACAACGGCUUGAUCGCCGCCACCUACCUCGCUCGUGCUGGCCUUUCCGUUGCUGUGCUGGAACGUCGUCACCUCAUUGGCGGCGCUGCUGUCACCGAAGAAUUAAUCCCUGGCUUCAAGUUUUCCCGCUGCAGCUACCUGCAAAGCCUUCUCCGUCCCUCUAUCAUCAAGGAAUUGGAGUUGAAAAGGCAUGGAUUGAAGCUGUUGAAGCCCAUGGCUUCGUCGUUUACGCCAUGUUUAGACGGGCGCUAUCUUCUUUUGGGGUCUAAUGGCGAACAAGAUUACUUGGAGAUUUCCAAAUUCUCUAAGCGGGAUGCCGAUGCUUAUCCAAGAUAUGAAAACAAGCUGCAGAAAUUCUAUAAAUUCAUGGAUUUUCUUUUGGAUACUCCUACUCCUGAGACUUUUCAUGGGGAUACAUCUUAUAUAGAUCGCCUGAGGAAUAACAAGCAGAAAUCAAUUUUUUGGGCUCGUUGUCUAUUUAAUGUUCUCACCCUGGGGCAGAAAGAUAUGGUGGACUUGAUGGACUUCUUAUUGUCUCCAACAACAAAGGUCCUAAAUAGGUGGUUUGAGGCAGAUGUACUUAAGGCAACACUUGCAGGAGAUGCUAGCAUUGGCAGCAUGGCAAGUAUUCAUAUGCCUGGCAGUGGAUAUGUUCUGUUGCAUCAUGUUAUUGGUGAAACCGAUGGUGAUCGUAACAUUUGGUCGCAUGUUGAGGGGGGGAUGGGUUCAGUUAGCCUGGCCAUAAGUAAAGCUGCUAAUGAAGCUGGAGUUCAUAUUGCGACAAAUGCUGAGGUUUCAGAGUUGAUGAUUGAUGACUCUGGCAUUGUAAAUGGGGUCUUUCUAGCUGAUGGAACACAAGUGCAUUCCACAGUCGUGUUGUCAAAUGCAACACCUUACAAGACCUUCAUGGAAUUGGUGCCUCAAAAUGUUCUUCCUGAUGAUUUUGUCCGCACGAUCAAGUACUCUGACUACAGCUCAGGGACGACAAAAAUUAACGUAGCUGUUGAUAAAUUGCCUCAGUUCCAGUGCUUCAAAAUGCAUCAUCUGGAGGUUGGUCCACAUCAUACAGCUACAAUUCACAUUGGUUGUGAAAGCAUGGAGGAGAUUGUCUCAGCUUGUCAAGAUGCUUUAAAUGGAUUCUCAUCACGAAGACCUAUAAUGGAAAUGACAAUUCCGUCUUCAUUGGACAAGACCAUUUCACCUCCUGGCAAGCAUGUAAUCGGAUUAUUUACGCAGUACACACCUUAUAGACCCUCUGAUGGUUGCUGGGAAGAUCCCAAAUACAGAGAAGCAUAUGCACAAAGAUGUUUUUCCUUGAUUGAUCAAUAUGCUUCUGGCUUUAGCUCAUCAAUCAUUGGUUAUGACAUGCUAACACCGCCAGAUCUUGAAAGGGAAUUUGGUCUCACAGGAGGAAAUAUUUUUCACGGUGCCAUGGGUUUGGAUUCACUUUUCUUGAUGCGGCCUGUCAAAGGAUGGUCAGGUUAUAGGACACCAGUGAGAGGACUAUACAUGUGUGGGAGUGGAUCGCAUCCAGGAGGUGGAGUGAUGGGUGCACCAGGUCGUAAUGCUGCACAAGUUGUUCUCCGUGAUGUUAGGAGAAGUUCUCAUUAGGAACUCUUUGCUCUGCUGUGGUGGUUGCUUCUGCAAUCCUGUUAUGAAAUAUGUAAUUGUAUGGAAUUUGCCUGCUUUUUCUUUGGAGAUGGGUGACUGUUAAAUUCACAUUACUUUCCUUAAAACUAAUUCCAAGUAAAUUGAAAUUGUGCAA